CGUCAACGUCGUCGUGCCCAUCGGAUCAUUCACUUCCAUAUUCCAAACCUCUUCCAAUGUCAAGCGAUACACUCUACACUCGUUCAGGUCGGGUAACAUCUUGAUCGGAUGAUUCGAUCGGGUCACGGUAUCAACCUCGCAUACACACGGAAUAUGGCCACCGUCAUCACCACACAACGGCAAACAAGCAACGAUAAAUUGGCCUGCACCGAUACCUGAUACGAUACAGCGAUAUACACCCAUUCUUUCAACCCUUUCUUUGUAAUGACGACCAUACCCAAGCCCACACCCGUACCGAUGUCCAUACCGCCCGUAUCUCCGGGAACACGCUCGUUAUCCUUCCAAGGGGCUUCAACGAUUGUACAUUAUAGGAGGCUCAUCUUCAAUCCAGACGUCCUAGUAAACAUACUCGGAAUUGAAGGGAGGGUCGCAGGAAACGGAGGUCGGUCAGGUAAAGGAAAAGCAAGAGCCGAACCAGGUGCGAGUCCGUCUUCAAGGGAGCGAAAUGAACGGACGAUCGAGAGACUGGACGGGGUGGUCAAAUCCACUUGGAAACGAGGUCAAUCGCCGGAUCUCGUUGGAAUUCUAGAGCAGAAUCAUGAAGCUGAGGGACAGGAUCAGGCGAGCAUCGUCUAUUGGGUGUUUGGGCUCAGCGAGGAUGGGCUAAUGAGAGUAGACGAUGACCUGUGUCUGGAGGAUCCUACGGCUCUAUCAGGGUCUUUCGACCUCCAAACCCUCACCACAUGUAUGCACGGUUCCUCCCGACCUCAAUGUAGCCUCUGUGGACCCCUCGGCCGAACCUCUGAUUGUGCAAGACAACCUGGACAAGGAACGCGGCCUUCAGAGAUCUUUGUCGGGCUGGGUGCAAGCACGAACACAAACGCCACCAUGACCCAGGGGAUAGGGGCAGAAGCAGUAGGAUUCGGCAAGAUCUGGGAAUGCCUGGGGAACGCUUUGGUGGAUUAUUAUGCUUGGAAGGAAGGCUGGAUGGUAGAGCGAUUAGCAAGGCUAAGCAGGGGGAAAGGAAAAAGCGACCAAAGUCAAGGUCCGACGAUGUCGGUGCUAGGGAGAGAGCACCAGACGGGGUUGGACCUUGAAAUUUAUCUCUCAACCAGGGAAUGGGAGGAAUCGCCGGAUGCUCUGGGAACGAUCGUAGGCGGAUCACAGUCACAAUGGGAUCGAUCGGAAGAAGCGGAGGUGGGAAGGACGUAUCGGUUAUGGCCUGCCGACGAACGGGCCAGGUGUAUCAGACGAAUCGAGCUGGAUCAAGUCGAGCUGGAGACGGUCCUGGCAAGGAUAGCCGAACAGGUCGGUAUGAAGACGGCUGAACGAUUGAGGGAGGAGGAGGAUUGGACGUUGCUGUGGAUCAGGGACGAUCCGCCGCGAGCGAGGGAUUUGGGAGGGACGAGUGGCACGGAUGCGGGUACUGAAAUGGGCCGAACGGGAGAGAUGGGGUGGUAUUCUAUCUGGCCAAGGAGCUGGUUGGUCGAUCCGUAUGAUCCGGCAAUGAUCACCUCACGGAGAUCAUCGCACGCAAACGGGAGUGGCCUGGGCGACAACUGGACGACCGGGCCUGUCAGACCAGCAGAAAGCAUCGCCAAGUUCCUGACGGCACUUCGCUCAGACAAGUCCGUCCAACCGCCGCAAGAGGCGCAGGUUACGGAUUUUGACAUCUUAAACGACGAUCUCGGCCCGAAAGAUGGUCUGCGCUCGCUCUUUGACACGCAAUCUUGGUUGGAUUAUGACCCGGUCUUAGACAUGGCUUCUGACAUGGCAGACACCCCGGUCGAACUCGGCGCUCCCACGCCAAUGGGCAGGACAGAGACGGACCAACACGCCGCCCCGAUCAACCACGAUUCGGUCGACGCCAUCUCGUCCAAAAUCCUUUCGCCCACUGCCAAUCCGACACCGGCUGCUCAGAGAGAUUGGGACAUGAUGAACACGGCGUACGAGAUGACACGGGACGAGGAUGUCAUCACGGAGAACGAUUUCAACUUUUUCGAUGCGCCGCAUACCAGCAUGUUUGACGCAUUCGAUGACAGCGCCAAGGAUAACGACAUGGGUUUUGGUAGCAAUGACGUCCAGGCAAAAGACACUCUGAUUCCACCGGGAUUUGGCGGAAAGGAGCAGUGGGCCGAGGCAGCAACGGAGAUGGAUCCCGAGCCUGCACCGCCGUAUAUUUACGAGGUGGCCGGAACAGCUUUUGAGGCUCAAAUUCAUCAAAAUGAUGUGAUGCCACACCUUGUCUCUAAUGUGCCUCCAAGCGAGGCCAUGGACCAUGAAGACGAAUCCGACGAUCUUUUCGGUGAGAAAGAGGACGAAUCGGAUGAGCAUACCUCGCCUGAAGAGGAGGACCGGGAGAUAUUGGAGAUGCCAGCUUUAAAUCAGGAAAGCGAUGCCAAUAUGCAAUCCGAUACGCCUCUAUACCGCAGCCCGCUAAACACCACUCAGCAUACUGAAAUCUCUCUCAUUCCUCCUGAGUUGGAAAUGGAGGAUCUACAAGGAUUCCCUACCACAAGACGUCUUCGCGGUCUGACUGACGCUCGGUAUACAAUCGAGGACACAGGUCACAGAUACGUGCCUACAGAAAAUCGUCCUUUGAAAUGGAUCACAGCGAAGCAAUAUCCGUCGUUGCGGGGAUCGAAACGUCUUUCGACCCACCUUGCCAAGAUCUACGGGGAUGGCUUAAUCAAGGACCGUAAAGGUCAUCGAGCGAGACUUCGAAAGGCCUUUGAAGCGCGCCGACGCCUAGUACCAUACCGUGUGCAAGACUGUCCCGUCGAAAGUGACGAGUCGUCAGAGGACGAAUCUCCCGUGCAGGGUCCAGAUGAAAGUUGGGUGCGGUACCCGGUCGAUACGGAAAGCGUACAGACCAAGCGGACUCUGGAUGGACCUGUCCGCACUACGGAGAGGUUCGACCUUGCAGGGUGUACCUGGACGUGCCCGGACAUGCUACCGUUCGGAGCGCAUCAGCGUCUCUCUCCUAUUUCGCCGCUUGACCCACAUCCUCUCAAGGAAUCUCUACCUACCACCAAGAUCGAGAUGGCGCCAGCAAGCAAUCACGCCCAUUCUACCAAGCAAGCCUUUAGAGAAUGGCUGGUAUCCCUGAUCGUGGAAGAUUCCGCCCUGCGAGAUUGUCUUCUUGGAAUGACCCGUUCACAGGAGCGACUACCACGAAGCCAGGAACCCGGCGAUGUCCGGAUUCGCCUUGGUCACUGCGGGCGAUCGACCGUUAUGGACGGCAACUCGAUCCGAUUCUGGAGACAGUUAGGACUCACCCCGCUGUCCGGUCAGAAGGACAUGAGCACAUUCGUGCUCUUCGACUCGCUACAUACGACUCGGGCGGAAGCGGUUGGGUGGCACACGGAGCUGAACCAAAUCUAUACAGCUCAAGGAUUCGGUCGUUCAGUGAAGAUGGACGAAUCGCUUUUUGACUCGACCCUGGAUCUGCGCUGGCAGAAUCUGCAAGCAACUCUCGACAUGAUACGUCGGAGACGACUUCAGCUGACUCCGACGGUCAUUAUUGUGCUUCUCCGGGACGAAUUCAGCACCGACGUCAAUAUUUUGCAAGACCUUUACGACCACUACGCCGCCAUAUACCCGGCAACGACGGCGGCCACGAUUAUAUUACAACCUGCCUUCCUGGACCGCGGGCACGACUCUUUAUCAAAGGACCGACUAGCAUCUUGUAUAUAUCACCGGAUCCCCACCUCGUAUACCUUGCCAUUCGAAACUGUAACGACAUCAUCGACUGUAUCUUCAUACGCCCCAGCAUUCACUCUCUGUUCAGCGAAAGAGACACCCGCUGCCCGCUUUGCCGUCCAAUGGCCAGGACCCACCACGAACCCUUACGAUACCGGUCGCAUGAUUCAUGUCGGCUAUACGUUGACUCCUUCGAACGCGCUCAUCGCCAUAUGUAUGGACGAAUAUGGGGAAUGGUGGACCUUUGAACACAUCCAGGUUGGAACUGGCUCUCAAGCGCUGUACCAAGGCAUCGAAAAGCUUUGGAGGCGCAUUCGAGCUUAUGCUGCCAAUGCCACCAUAGAGUGGCGCUUCAUCAUCGCUCGACUCGACCAGUGUCGUCAUGAAGAAUUUCGAUGUUGGCUAUCCAUAAUCGAAAGGACGCCUUCAGCUCGUCCGGCGCAAUUCGCGUUGGUACAGCUCGUUAAGGAUAGCAUUCAAUGCAAGGCAAUGCGAGACGUUUCCGUUCAGCGGGUAUUUUGUGCUCCUCAUGACCCCUCCACAACGGCACCUACGGUUGCUGCCAUCUCCUCAGGCUCCUUUCUUCUCUGCGAUGAUACGGAGCGUCAACAAUCGCCGGAAGUGCAGCUACUGCUUGCAUCGACUACUGCACAAAGCACAGUCUGCCAGACCGACAAGGAACUUUUGGAGGACAUAAAAUCCAGCUAUCAAAAGCUGCGCAGACUGGGCAAUCUGCGCUGGGCAUUUUUGUCCGAUCACAGCUUUCCUGCUCAUAUCCAGGCUCUCAGCACGUAUCUCGACCUCAAUUUGGUCUGAAACCGUUUGAUCUUGCUAGUUACUGUAUGCCGAUCUCUUUUGCAUAAUCCGAUCUAUAAUGACUUGUACUGUGUCGCAAUGUACAGAAACACAUUCAACAAUUGAUAGUUUGGGCGGCUUAGCUUUUGCAAUGAUAAAUGCGGCGGGGAUGCCACGUUGUUGCUUGGG